GGCCUCUGGGGAGGGCGUGGUCGAGCGGGGCUCCGCCCCUUCGCGGCGCUUCCGGCGCGGCGGCCGGCGGCGGCGGCGAGCGGAGCCCGCGCGCGCGCGCGCGCCUUGACCCCGCCCCGCCCCCGGCGCGACCCCGCCGUGACCCCGGCGCGACCCUGGCGUGACCCCGGCCCCGCGCAUGGAGGGGGAGGGGCCGCCCGCGCCCCCCGGCGGAGCCCGGCGCGGGAGCGGGGCCGGGCCGGACGUGCUGGUGUUCCUGGCGGACGGGGCGGCGGUGCCGCUGGCGCUGGAGCACCCGCCCGGGGCGACGGCCGCCGAGCUGCUGCGGCUGCUGCGCGACGCCCUGCGCCUGCCCGAGGCCAACGCCGACGCCCUGGCGCUCUGGCUCGUCUCGCCCCUCCUCGAGGUGCAGCUCAAGCCCAAGCACCAGCCCUUCCGCCUCUGCCGCCAGUGGCCGGAGCUGCUGCUGCGCUUCAGCGACGCUUCCGACAGCGCCGUCGCCCAGGAUGAGCCGUGUCUGCAGCUGCGCAGGAACGUUUUCUUCUCCAAGAAGAAGGAGCUGCAGGCAGCUGCUGGGCCGGGAGGUGCCGGGGCCGCGGGGCGCCCGGGGGCUGCUGGGGGCCCUGCGCCGGGGGGGCCGCGGGGCGCCGGAGCUGGGGCUGCUGCGAGCCUUCCGCGCCGCCCCCGGCCCCGCCGCCGCCCCCCCCGCCCUCUACCGCGCCUUCCUGCGCCGCUGCCACCAGCUGCCCUACUACGGGUGCGCCUUCUUCCCGGGGGCCAUCGACCGCCCGCCCGGGGGGCUGCUGAGCCGGGGGGGCCGCCGGGCCGUGAGCGUCGCCGUGGGGCUGGAGGGCGUCAGCAUCAUCGACCCCCGCGAGCAGCACGUGCUGCUGACGCUGGCCUUCCCCGAGCUGUGCUGGGAGCUGGUGGGCGCCGUGGGGCCGGGCGACGCCGUGGGGCCGGCGGACGCCGUGGGGCAGGAGGAGGCCGUGGGGCCGCCCCAGCUGUGGCUCGAGUUCGACGGCGACCACGAGGGCUCCCCCGUCAACCGGCUGCUGCGCGUCCUCUCCCCCCAGGCGGAGCUCAUGAGCGCCCUCAUCGAGUGCUGCAUCGCGCUGGGGGGGGGCGACGGCCCCGGCCCCCCCCGGGCCCCGCUGCGGCGCCAGGACAGCGUCACCCGCCCCCGGCUCCAGCGGCUCAACACCAUCGACUACGUCGACGACGGGCAGGAGCUGCGGCGGGUGAAGCCCCCCCGGCGCACGGCCUCCUUCUUCGGGCGCCAGUUCUCGCACGGGGGGGCCACGCACGGGGGGGCCGCGCACGGGGGCACCUACACGCCCGUGCCGGGGGGGGCCGCGCUGGAGCAGGGCUGAGCCCCCCCCCCCCGGGGCCCAGGCGUCCGGGCCCCCCCCGCACACACGUGCUUUGGACCGGCCCCGCUAAUAAACGGGGACGCGGCUGCGGCGCCCUGCUCACGGCUCCCGUGUGGCUGCGUCACGGCUGCGUCACGCCUGUGUCGUGACCGUGCUCAUGUUCAUGGCUCCGUCACGCCUGUGCCGUGAUCCCGCCCCGGUCAUGGCUCUGUCAUGGUUCUGUCACGGCUCUGUCCUGAUCCCGCCCCCGUUCAUGGCUCCGUCACGCCUGUGCCGUGACCCUGCCCGUGUUCACGGCUCAGUCACGGCUCCGUCACGCCUGUGUCGUGAUCCUGCCUGUGUUCAUGGCUCCGUCACGGCUCUGUCAUGCCUGUGCCGUGACUUUGCCCAUGUUCACGGCUCUGUCACGCCUGUGCUGUGAUCCUGCCUGUGUUUGUGGCUCCGUCAUGGCUCUGUCACGCCUGUGUCGUGAUCCUGCCUGUGUUCAUGGCUCCGUCACGGCUCUGUCAUGCCUGUGCCGUGACUUUGCCCAUGUUCACGGCUCUGUCACGCCUGUGCUGUGAUCCUGCCUGUGUUUGUGGCUCCGUCAUGGCUCUGUCACGCCUGUGCCGUGACCCUGCCCGUGUUCAUGGCUCCGUCACACCUCUGUCACGCCUGUGCCGUGACCCCGCCUGUGUUCAUGGCUCUGUCAUGGCUCUAUCACACUUGUGUUGUGACCCUGCCCGUGUUCACGGCUCCGUCACGGCUCCGUCACGCCUGUGUCGUGAUCCUGCCUGUGUUCGUGGCUCUGUCACGGCUCUGUCAUGCGUGUGCCAUGACCUUGCCCAUGUUCACAGCUCCGUCACGCCUGUGCCGUGACCCUGCCCGUGUUCACGGCUCCGUCACGCCUGUGCUGUGAUCGUGCCCGUGUUCACAGCUCUGUCAUGAUCCUGUGCCCAAUCCUGGACCCGUCCGUGUCCCAGCCCGUCCCCGUCACGCCCCAUCCGUGUCAUGGCCCCAUUACAGCUGUGUCACACCCCGUCCGUGUCCCAGCCCGUCCCCGUCACGCCCCAUCCGUGUCAUGGUCUCGUCACGGCUGUGUCACGCCCCAUCUAUGUCCCCCCCCCGUCCCUGUCACCGCUCUGUCCAUGUCCCUGUCACACUGCCAUCCGUGUCGUGGUCCUGUCACGCCUCCGUCACGCCCCAUCCGUGUCCCGGCCCGGCCCCGUCUGCUCCAGGCCGGGGCUCGGGGCUAACGAGGGGCUCGUUAGCACUCGGGGGCUCGUUAGGCAGCGGGAGCCCAGCAGCCGGGGGGGGGGAGGGGUGGGGGGGUGGCGGUGCCGCUGCCAAAUGGCUGCCCCACGUGAUGGCGGCCAUCUUAGGGCCGGCUAACGAAAGCGGCUCGUUAGCGGCCGCCAGCCCCGGGGAGGGGGAGACCUGAAGCACGCAGGUCCGUGCGCGAGGGGCCACGCGUGAUCCGUGGGUCACGGGGAGAUGUGUGGGGCAUGAGGGGCCGUGUACGAGGGUCCACGUGUGAUCCAUGGGCCACAGAUCCGUGUGCGAGGCGUGUGGGUCCAUGUACGAGGCUCCACGUGUGAUCUGUGGGUCACGGGUCCGUGUGCGAGGGCCCGUGUACGAUCCGUGAGUCACAGAUCCGUGUGCGAGGCGUGUGGGUCCACAUACAAGGGUCCAUGUGUGAUCUGUGGGUCACGGGUCCACGUACAAGGGCCCGUGUACGAUCCGUGGGUCACGGACGUGGUUUGCUGGGCGGCCGCGGGGACACGGGGACGCACAGCAUCGACCCGGCGGCCGCCCAGCAACCCGGGGCCGUUUUGGGGGGGUUUUGCCGCAUUUGCCGCCCCCCCCAGCGCCGCAGCGCUGCAGAUUCCCGAGGUUGGUGGUUUUUAAGGAGGGAAAGGGAGUUAGUGAAAGUCGCGUGUUUAGUAAAUGCUUUUAGGAGAAGCUGUAAAUAUCAUCGGUGCCGACCAGCAACCCGUAAACAGGGCCCCGAAACCCAGCACACGGGGCACAAACCGGGGGAAAACAGCAAAUAUUUUGGAAAAGGCUUUUUGUUCCAUUUCCCCCAAAGGAAAACAGCCCGGAAUCACUGUUUGUUCCCCGUUUCCACUGCGCUGUCCGGGGGGGGGGGGGGUGGUCCCCCUUGCCGGGCCCCUUUGGGGUGAAAAUUUGUGGAAAAACAGUGCUUUUUCCCUCACAACCAGAGUGAGAUUUUUGUGGUGGCUGGGACAAAAACCACGGCCCACCUCAGGGGGGGGGGCACACACUCUCACCGCUGCUUUCUGAGGUAAAAAGCAGGGGAAACGGGCUUUUUCCGGCCGCUACGGGGGGAUGUUGUGGUAUUUGGGGGCAAACACCACAGCCCGCCUUUGGGGGGGGGGGGGCACACUCUCAGCGCUGCUUUCUGAGGUAAAAAGCAGGGAAAAAGGGGUUUUCUGCCACUUUCCCGCUGGGCCGGGGGAAGGGGGGGGUGCACAACGGCCGCCAGCCGAACCCGGAGGGGAAUUUGCCCUUUUCUGGCCACUUUGGGGCACGGCAGAGCCGCCCCCCCCCCCCCCCCCCCCAAUCGCCACUGCGGCAAGCCGCCCCCCGGCGGGGAGGGGGGGGACUGCGCAUGCGCAGUACCGCACUGCGCCACCCGCAGCCGCGGCGGGGGCGGCGGCUGCGGCCGGUUGGAGCCGGUUAGAACCGGCCGCGGAGCCGCCUCACGCGGCGGAUCCCUCCGCGCCGCCGUCACCGCCCCCAAAAUCGCUAAUUUGGGGCCUUUACGGAGGUGGAAAGGGGGAGGGGAUGAAGGCAGAAAGUGGAGUGUUGGGGGGGGAGGAGGUUCUGUGCCACCUUUUAUUUAAGCGGUGCUUUGGUUUGCCUGGGUUAAAGGCAGCUGGGGGGGGUCUCGGAGGUGUAAUCACCCCCCCUUUGCAGUGAUUCUGCUGUGAAAAAUCAUUAAAAACGCUCUUUUGGGAGGGGAGGCCACGUUAGGAGGAACUGGCGCAUUAAUGAAGCAAAUUGGGUUGGUAAACGGGAGGUUUCCCCCCAGGAUCAACUCCGAAACGGUCUCUGUGAGGGGCGAACCCCCAUUUUGGGGGCCAAAGAUGGGAAUUAUGGGCAAAAAGGAGCCAAAAUGCCACCAUCACCACCUUGGCGAUGAUUUUUUUUAAGCGUUGCCUGUAAUUCUGUGUUAAGUAACGUGUUUUCAGUCGGUAACCAACAACCAAACAUGGAUAAACAGCCCUGAAGGGGAUGUUGGACACAAAGGGCGAAAAUUUCCACCCGGAGCAAGACGGAAACAGCCUCAUUCGGGCUGGUUCUGAGCUUUUAAAAGCUUCCCAGGAAAAACUGAGCAUUUCCACCCAAUUCCCCCCCCCCCCCUUUUCUUUCCCUUGAGAUAGGAAAGCAAAAAAAGCCUUUGCUGGAAAUUUCCAUCAUGCAGGAAGCAGCUGCAUGUUUCCCCUUUCCAGAUUGACCAUUCGGGUGUAAAAUGCCCCAAAAGCACCGAAUUGCCGGAGAAACGGCAGCCAGCAAACGCGGCCCCUCGCUGCGUUGCACCCCAUAAAGUAAGUCUGAAGCCUGCUCGUUUGUGGGCUGUGUUCGAGAAGGGUUUUCACGGGUAAAAAAUAUCAGAAAAAUGUGCAAAUCAUUGCUUACAGCAAAGCCGUCGCAAUAAUCUCGCAGAUUAACUACAAAAUCCUUUUCAAUACCGACAUGAAGAUCCCGGCCUGACUUUGAAGCGGUUAAAAAAACAUAGAUUUGCCGGUCUAAAUCACAAAAUACUGCAGCACCACCUUGUCCCGCGGGAAACGCCCUGGAAAAACAGGCAGAGGCCGUCGGUCCCGGUCGGAUGAAGCGCGUCACGCUGCAAACACGCUCGCGGCAGCCGUGUUCAAGCGCUCGGCACGGCGGGGACGCUGCCGCUGCCCGGCCGAGCGGCGUGAAUCACGCGUCCCCCGCGGGUUCGGGGCGUCUGGGGAUCCUGCUGCCGACAGGGAUUUUUUAAAAAUUUGGUUAAAUUCGGCACAACCUUGAGUGCUUCCUGACGUCGGACAUUUGGGUGCCCUUCGGGGGGGGAUCAUCAUAAAAAUGAGCUUUGCUCGUGCUUUGCCAGGAGACGCAGGGCACAGGGGGGUGUUUUCGGGGGGAUUUUCCUCCAGAAAGGCCCCAUGCGAGGCGUGGAGACGCGGCCCGGCCCGCGGGCUCUGACCUCACCCGAAGAUCUGUGUCCGUGCGGAUUCAGGGAGCCGGAUUCAGGAGGAAAACAUCCCCCCCCACCCCCCCCCGUACCAGCACCAUGACGCAGCAAAAACAGGGCAAAUCAGCUAAAAAAACACCCAAAAACACAUUAAAAAAGGCUCCUGCUGCCUCGCCCCAAGCAGGGGUUAUAUUUUGGGGGGGGGGGGGGUCGCAGUUCAACCCUCUCCCCCAGCAAAAAAUCACAAGCCGGUGGCGACUUUUGCUGUUUUUCCGCCGCGGCGUGCGUGCCGCCGAGCGCCUUUUCCUCCCCGUUUUGCAGAGGCCGGGGGCGGAGGGAUGGGGGGGUGGGGAGCGAGCGGCAAGGCGUGAUUUAGAAAAUCACAUUUUUUUGUUUUUUUUUGGCAUUCCGGGGAUUAUUUUGCCCGGGGGGGGCGGGCUCGGCGGCGCGGAAGGAGCCGGUGCAGCGGCCCAGGAACCGUUAUAAGGGCGGCGGCGGGGCGGGCGGCCCAGAGCCGCAGGGAGCGCGAGGGAGGCAGCGCAGGGGCUCGCAGGGCCGGGGCAGCAGCCAGAGACGCCCUAAAAUACAGAUUCUAUUGAGAUUCUACUGAAAUCUUAAAAAAAAAAUUAGACCUAACUAGGGUUCGCUCUUAAAAAAAAAAAGAAAGCGAUUAAUUAGCGGAGGAAAACAGAAGAUUUUUAAACCGAAGAUUAAAAAGAGCAUGCGAGGCAGCUGGAAGAGGCGAGCGGCAGGGAGCGAGGAGCGGGACGCGCUAGGUGCGGGGGGGGCGAGCCGAGGUUUGGGGACAGGAUCACAGGAAACGGGGCUUUUCACAAGCCUGCGGAAGGCGGUUUUUUAACCCUUGGAAGAGAGGAAGCCGAAACAAAAAGAGAAAAGAUAGCGGUUGAGAUAAAAUGCUAAAUCUUACCGGAAAGAAAGAUAGAAGAUGAUGUGAAAGAAAGGAAGAUUAAUAGAAAAGAGAAAAUAAAUUUUGAAGAAAAGAAAACCCAAGCGUAUAAGGGAAGAGGUAUUUAGAAGCGAACAAGACAAGCUUAGAAUCGAAGAUAAAUUCUGUAAAAGAGGAUCAAGGGGGAACAACCAGGAUGUUGAAGAGCGAUUUUGGCCCCAGGCUCGGCUUCACGCCGGGUCGGGACGCGGCGGCGCAGAACCAGCCCGGUUUGGGGGGUUGGUGGCAGCGGAGGGGCCGCUUGGCGCAGGGGAGCGAGGCGAGGAGAAGCGGAGGCCGUGAUUAGGAAAAGGCGAGUUGGGGUUGGUGGAGGGAACCGCUGAGGAGCCUCACGGGAGGUGGGAAAGCCGAAGGAAGGGAAGGUUUUUCUUGGCGAGAGGCUGCUUAGAAGAGAGAAGGAUUUUACUGCUAGAAGGCAGAAGGCAACUUAGAAGAGGAUCGAAGAAGAGAGAAGGGGAGGUCAGAGGCUUAAAGAGGAAGAUUAAAAUAUAUAUAUGUACAGCUGUGCUUCUAUAGGCAUCAGGGCACCUGCACCCGGUUGCAAAGCUUGUAGAAAAGGCAGGAGGAAAAGCUGUAUAUAAAAAAAAAAAGGACUUUGUGAAAAAGUUGCUGAGGCUUGCGAAGCCUUUGAUUAUCUCUAAUUACCGCUAAUGGCGUAUUGGACGCGAGCGGAAGUUUCUCAAGCUCUUAAACGAGCUCGAUGUGCCGGACUGAGCAAAAAAGGAGCAAAAGGAAAAGAGCUGUAUUUUGAGCGAAGGCAUAGCAAAAAAUAUACAUAUAUGUCUAUACAUAUAUAAAAAACCGUAGCUGGGAAAGGACUUUCUUUGCCUGAGGAGGCGGCAGGCGGACGCAGAGGCAGAGGCAGGAUCGCGAGGAGCCGGUGGAUAUUGGUGAGGCGAAAACGUAGAAAAGCCAGUGGAAAUUGGUGAAGCUAGCUGCGAAAAUUUGGAAAGAGCCAGUGGAAAUUGGUGAAGCUAGAAGUGAAAUUUUAAAAGAGCUGGUGGAAAUUGGUGAAGCUAGAGGCAAAAAUUUAAAAGAGCCAGUGGAAAUUGGUGAAGAUAGAGGCAAAAAUGUUAAACCCAUUGGAAAUUGGUGAAGCUAGAGGCGAAAACGUAGAAAAGCCAGUGGAAAUUGGUGAAGCUAGAAGCGAAAAUAGAGAAGAGCCAGUGGAAAUUGGUGAAGAUAGAGGCAAAAAUUCAGAAAGAGCCAGUGGAAAUUGGUGAAGAUAGAGGUGAAAAUUUAAAACCCAGUGGAAAUUGGUGAAGCUAGAGGUGAAAAUUUGGAAAGAGCCGGUGGAAAUUGGUGAAGAUAGAGGCAAAAUUUUGGAAAGAGCCGGUGGAAAUUGGUGAAGAUAGAGGCGAAAAUGUAAAACCCCGUGGGAAUUGGUGAAGCUAGAGGCGGCAAUUCAGACGAGCCGGUGGAAAUUGGUGAAGAUAGAGGCGGAAAUUCGGAAUGGGCCGGUGGCAGGGGCGAAGCUGGAGGCCGGCGAGGCGGGAGCCCCGGGCGCGGAGCACGGCGACGGCGGCGGGGAGAGCGGCGGGGGCCGCGCCGGCAGCUGCGGUAACCCCCCCCCGUCCCCCCUCGCCGGGCUCCUUCCACCCUCGCGCGGGCCGGGGGGGCGCGGGGGGGGCCGGCCGGGCGGGUGUUUCUCUUUUCAGGCCUCCCUUGCUCACGGCAUCAGGCCCAGAAGCCGCCCCCCGGCCCCCCCCGGGCUCGCGACCGCCACGGGGGCAGGAAGCCUCAUAAUUAAAAAAAAAAAAAGCCAAAAAACCCCCCAAAACCAAAAAAGGCAUCGCCGCGCUCGCUCCAGCCGUAAAUACCGUAGGUACCGCCACCCGCUCCGCAGAGUAAGUGAGAACCUGUGCUGUUUUGUUCUGUUUUCCCCCUCCCGACCCCCCACCCCGUUUUGGGACCAAAAAAAGGAAAAAAAAAAAUGUCGUUUUGUUCUGUAUUGCGGGAGGGGGUUGGGGGGGGCAAAACAUGUCCAGUCUUCUUCCCCCCUCAGGUGUGUGGCUAGAAAAGCCUAGAACCAGCCGGCGAGAGGUGACAGUAGGACAAAAAGUGACAAAGGAAAAAAAAUGGUGAUAAAAGUAAUAAUAAUGAGGAAAAGCGAGCUGGGGUGCGAGGAGAGCGAAAGCCGCCGCGCGCCGCUUUUCUUAAUUCGGCCUCAUUUGGGACGUAAGCCCUUUCCGACCCCGGCGCCGGUGCUGUGCUCGUUUGAAGGUGCCUCGUUCCGGGGAGGCGGCGGGGGGGACAAGCAACGGUGUCUUGUUGUGUUGGGGGGGGAGGCGUAAAAAUUGGCUUUUCCAGGCUUUCUGCAGACGCUCGAGCCCCUGCUGGGGGGGGGGAAAAGGAGAAAAAGCCCAAAUCCCGCACGGCCCCGGGUGCUCGCGGCAUGCGCUCGCCGGCGGGGGGGCGGCAGCAAGUGCAGCGGAGGGAGGGGGUUGUUUUGGGGGGGGGGGGGCGUAACAUUGUGUAUUUUCAGGUUUUUCUCAGCAAACUGCAAAAAAAAAAAAGGCAAAAAGUAAUCGUAAGUUUAGGAAUGAGAGAGGAAAAAAUAUAUAUAUAAUCAAAACCGUCAGCGUCGACUGUGGCAAGUAACGCGCGGCCUCGAAGGCGCUGGGGGGGGAGGCCGCGCACCUCCGCAGGGCCCCGGGCAGGGCGCGACGGCGCCGGGGAAACGGGGCAAAACGGGGGGAAACGGGGCAUGAGCGGCCGGCGGCGCGGCGGAAAGCAGCGCGCGGCUCUUUGGGGCGUUUCCCGAGGGUUUUGGCUAACGGAGAUGUUGGGUCGCGGAGGGGGAGCAGGCGGCUGCUUUCGGGGCGCUGCCGUCUCGUGCGCGCGGCGGCGGGGGGGGAAGAACCGCAUGGGAGAGGCCGAAGGGGCGGGAGAGGCUCCGUCUCGCAGCUCUUAACACCCCCGCGGGGGGAAAAACCCCAUAUUCUACCCCAAACCCCCCCAAGCUGUGCGUGCGCGCGGGGAGCGCGGCCGAUGGCGGGCGCCGGCCGGGAGGCUUCGCGCCGGGAAGCGCCGCUCGAGAGGCCCGGCUUGGCUCAGGGGCGCGGGAGGAGCUCCGGGCGCAGGUCGGGAGCGAGAACGCGCCAAAAAAGGGGAAAAAAUGCGUGUAUAUCUAUAAAAACCCGCUCUCUGUUGAUGCUGCUUCUGCCAGAAGGGGUGCGGAUGUUGCUCGCUGGAUCGGAGGAUGAGGCGCGAGCUGCUGCAGCCGGCAGUAAUGUGGGAUCGGCCGCAGUGAGGAGGAGGAGGAGGAGGAGGAGGUGGCUUUGGCGCGUGUCCCCGCUGCCCUCAGACAGGUUUCUCAGCUUGAGGAGGAGUUUUGCUGCAUUUCGUCCAGGAGCCACCAAAAAAUAAACCCCAAAAACAAAAAAAACGCCAAAAAAAGAGCGAGGAACCCCCAAGCUAAGGCACUGCUGGCAGCUAAGUCCCUCGGUGCUCGCGCACGCUCGGGCCGCUGUGGGUGUCCGUUCCCCCCCCCCCCCCGCACCCCCCUUUUUGGUGGAAAACGCGGGUUUUGUUUGAUUUAGGAGCAUAAAGGAGCCGUAGGGGUCGGGGGCGGCCGCGUUCCCCUCGGUUUUCCGGCAUUUUCCCUCACCGAGCGCCCGAGACGGGCAGCAGCGAGCGGAAGAAACCCCAAAACGUCCCCAAUUCAGGCAGGCCCCCCCCCCCCCCCCCCCCGCGCAGGCACCCCCAGCCCCCGGCCCCCUUCGUUAGCGGCGCUGCUAAUCACCGGGCGGGCGCGCGGGGGGGCUCACCGCUUCUUCCAGCUUCUCUUCCUACAGACGUCCCCCGCCCCGGCCGAGGCGGCAGCGGCCGCGGGCCAGUAACAGGGCCGCAGGCCUGGAGCUAGUGCUUGGGAAGUUAAACAGGAAAGCAAAAAAGGAAAAAAAGGAGGAAAAAAAAAAAAAAAAAAAGGAAAAAAAAUGAGAAAAAAGGAAAAAAAGGAAAAACAAGGAAAAAAAGGCAAAAAGAAAGGCAAAAAAAGGCAGAAUGAGGCCCACAGAGAGCCCGGCGGCCCAGCAGGAGAGCAGUGUGAGGAGCCGCGUUAGGUAACGGUGCUUCCCGCGGCGCGGGCAGGGGCUGGCGCGCCGGAGCUUAAAUUUCCUCAGCGACGAGCCAGAUUGAGGUAAAAAACGCCGAAAAAAGGCAAAUCCCAAACGGGCAGGUUCAGGGGACCAGCCCCCGCGGCGAGGGGCCGCUCACGGCGUGUCCCGGGGUCCCGCUUUCCUUGGCAGCCGCUUCGAGUGCGGGCGCCGGCCCGGCCGGCCGAGCCCUGCUUUGGGCCGUAAACCCCGUUUCCGGGCGGUUUCGGGGCGGGGGGCGGCGGGGGCAACCCUGGUGUCCAGAUUACUUUGCAGAGGGCGGCGGGAGCCGCAGCUAAGGGGGUCGCGACACCCGGCGGACCCAGCCCAGGUGAACACGCUUCUCUCUGUUACGUACCCCAAACCUGGGGAGACACGACCCAAAUGAGGAGUUCACGGAAAAAAAGAGACAAAAAAGGGGUUUCUGGGCCCCAGCGGGGAGCGGUGACUGCAUCCCGGCCCCGCAGCGCCGCCACCGCCGCGCCCCGCGGUCCCCAAAACCGGCCUUUUCCCCCCAAAAAACCCACCGCAGGCGGUGGUGGUUCUUGGCCCCGGUGUGGGCAGGGGGGAGCCCCCGCUUUGGGGGAGCCCCCGCUUUUGGGGGCGGCGGGGGCGGCCGCAGGUUUUCUUUUCCUGAGAGAACGAAGCUCUCGUUGUCUCAGGUUUUGCUUUUCUCCUGCGGCGAAGGGACCAAAAAAGCAAAAGGCGCCGGUGGCGGCACUCCCGCCGCGCCGGGACGGGGUUCGACUCCCCGCGGCGCCCGCGCUGUCCCUGCCGCUGCGUCGCGACGGGCCCCAUGUCGCGACAGGCAUCGUGUCGUGACGGGCCCCACAUCGCGACGGGCUCUGCAACAGGCCUGUCUUGGCCUGUGGCCCCAUGUCACAGCACGAUAGCCGCGUUUCAGGGUGGCCCUGUGUCACGAUGGGCCGCCUGUCACAACGGGCUCCAUGUCAUGAUGGGCUCUGGGUCCCAACGAGCUCUGUGUCGUGAUGGGCUCCAUGUCACGAUGAGCUCCAUGUCAUGACAGGCGCCAUGUCCUGACGAGCUCCAUGUCACGAUGGGCUCCGUGUCCUGACGAGCUCCAUGUCACGAUGGGCUCUGGGUCCCGACGAGCUCCAUGUCACGACAGCCCCGCAAUAAACAUGCUGUGACUCGA